CGCACCGCCUGACUCUUCUGAUUGGAGGAUCGUUCGGCGCAUUUCCGGCAGCCGCUGUCAGUGUAUCGGGAGAAAGUUUAUCAUUUAAUCAUGUAGAGAAGUGAAGCGAUGAUAAAAACGUAAUGGAAACUGAAAAAUGGAUUUGAUGCGCCUUUGAAACAUUUUCCGCUGUAGUAUGCUCCACGUCAUCUAGCAGGUUUCAGGAAAAUGAGCUGGAGGGCGCGCCUGUCUCGUAUUUCAGAGACUAUCGACACUACGGAGCCCAAGAAGGUGCCAGCCCAAAGAUCGGAGGUUUGUCAUACUGCAGCUGGAGAUCGGGAGACUUACCAAUCCUAAAAUCAGAGCACGAAAUUGUUACAGAAUUAGUGCACGACGAUGCCCACGUGUGCCAACGUCAGGAUCUGAAGUGGGACGCGAGGAGAAAACGGCCACUUUGAUGUUCUCUCUCACUUCCUCACCACGGCGGCUAAGGCUAGCGGCCCCGGUCCGCUGGGAUCGGAUCACUAUGGAUUAUUAGGUUGCCAGGAGCGCGUAGCAGAGCCACGCACAGGCCGCUUCUUCGCCGAUGCCCUUGUCGCGGUGAGACUGCAGUUGCGAUGGAUCCGCAGAGAGCGGAGCCGCUGGGCUCAGCCGAGCUCUCAAUGCCCAGGGAUCGACUGGCCUUACAGAAGAACAGUGUCUGUUCCCGGUCCUACUUUCUGGUUGUGAUGGUGUUCGUGCAUGUCUACAUCAUUAAUGUGAUCGCCCUUCUGCUCUAUGUGCACUACAACAACGGACCCGGUGAUAACAGCGGCCCUCUGAGUGAUGUGACUAGCGCCGCCGAGCCGCCCGAAGUGGGCUCGCACACCCACCCGCCGCGCGCCCCCGAACCAUCUGUGGUAAACAGGCAUCUUCAUCGAAUGGAGGGCAUCAGGGUGGGCCACGUCCAAAAGGUGCAGUUGACUCCUGGCAGAGUCCAUGAGAUGAAGACACUUAGCCUGAAGCCCCUGCUCUUUGAGAUCCCAGGCUUUUUGUCAGAGGAGGAGUGUCGUCUCAUCAUUCACUUGGCCAAACUAAAAGGCCUGCAGGAGAGCCAGGUGAUGAUUCCUGAGGGAGGCGAUGAAUUGGCUGAACAGUUGCAGAUUAGCCAGGAGGAAAUAUUUCACCUGCUUGACCACAACCGGGACGGGCAACUGCAGCUGAAAGAGGUUCUGACCCAUUCACGGGUGCGAGACGGCAUCUGGCUCACUCCAGAGAACAUCAGGGAGGUGUACGCUGGACUUAAAGCUGAUCCUGAUGGAGAUGGGCUUCUCAGUCUUGAGGAGUUUAAGAAGCUCAACUCCAGUGCCUUUCAGCACUUCAUGCAACAGCGAGGGGUAGAGAAGAGCCAGCUCGUCCGGAACAGCAAGCACACGUGGCUGUAUCAAGGCGAGGGGGCACAUCAUGUACUACGCCAGCUAAGGCAGAGGGUGAUCCGUCUGACGCGUCUACCAUCUUGGAUUGUGGAGAACAGUGAACCUCUGCAGGUCGUACGAUAUGACCGAGGUGGGCACUAUCAUGCCCACCAUGACAGCGGACCAUUAUACCCAGAAACUGUCUGCUAUCAUACAAAGCUCACCGCCAAUGCCAGCACGCCCUUUGAGACCUCCUGCAGGUAUGUCACAGUUCUUGUCUACCUGAACUCUGUUCCUGGUGGUGGAGAGACUACUUUUCCAGUUGCAGAUAACAGGACCUAUGAGGAGAUGUCUUUAAUACAGAAUGAUGUGGACCUUCUGGACACUCGGAAACACUGUGAUAAGGGAAAUCUGAGAGUGAAGCCCACACAAGGCACUGCUAUCUUCUGGUACAACUAUCUGUCUGAUGGAAAAGGCUGGGUAGGAGACCUGGAUGAGUAUUCACUGCAUGGCGGAUGUGUGGUCACCCAAGGCACAAAAUGGAUUGCUAAUAACUGGAUCAAUGUGGACCCAGAUUUUCAUCGACAAGCCCAAUUUCAGCAGCUAAUGGCCGACCUGGAUUCUAGAGAGGUCCAUGAAAAUAGAGAUGAUGAGCUAUAUAGAGACAUGCAGGCAGAAAGGGACCACCCCCAGAAGAACAAAGUCUACUCUGAUCAGGAUCUCCACCAAGAUUUAUAGCAUCUCACAUUCUCUUGCCAUGCCCCCAUAUGCCAUGCCUUACAUUUUGACCAGAAACUUCAGAUGUGACCCACAACUUUGAUUUUGGGCAGACAGCAUCACUUGCAUAUGUUGUGUAAUUAGAGAUGUGUGAUGUCCAGAGUCUUCAUAAAGUCACCAGGGAGCGACAUGCGCUAGACAGUCAGAUCCAGCCUGGGCACCACCCUAUAAACUUGAAUCUGAAAGUGGCGCCGUUCACCGUACGACUUGAGGAAACUAAAUGUCUGAAGAAGCACCUUUUAAGAUGCCUGUAAUCAGUCUGUGGAGCCCUGCAUUCUGGAAUCAUUCCCAGUAGAACCUGCUUUGUGGAGUCUCCAUUUUGAAUGAAUCUUCAGUCUUCAUUGGCAGAGCCGGCAUUACUGAUCCCUCUUUGGCACGGUCUGCAUUUUUUUUUUGCUUUGAGGUCCUCCAUCACAUUGUAUUCACUGAAGAGUAGGAGAGAAGAAGACAUCGCGAACAAAGCCUGCAUUGUGAAGUCUGAAUGAAGAACACUUGGCUUGGAGUGCUUGCACUGAGAAGACCUUGCAUGCUUUAUGAAGUCUUCACUGGAGAGCCUACUUUGAGAUCCUUCUUAAAUUCUGCCCAUUGUAAAGUCACAUUUUUAGAAUGGUCGUAUACCGCUCCCCUCAAUUCAGAGGAAACCCAAGUAGAUACGUAAUCCUUUCACCAAUGAAGAAUGGCGCCUAUGUGUCAGGUCACACUGCCUAACGUCCGCGUAAUCAGAAGGCAGGUGUUUCUGCUGUACAGCAGCCUCGAUUUCAAGCAGCCCCUUUUAUUUAACGUGUAGUGAUAUUCCAAAGCCAGAAUGAGAUAUCUAACAAUGGAGGCUCCGCCAUGGUAUGGCACAGACGUUUAUAAUUGAAUGUCGCCUUUUUGCAAUACCCACCUACCCUUUGACCACCAGCAGUGCAAUGGCAGAGGCCUCAGCAUGCAAGGAGCACAGAGGUGUUCUGUGCUCUCAUUCAUCUCAAGGCAACAUCAGGCAAUAAGACAAAGGACAAGCCAUGUCCAAAGCCUCAGCAGCCACCACUGCUGCUUUCUCAGUUCACUUAUUUAUUUUAUUUAUUUAUUUAUUUUGUUUAUUUAUUUAUUUAUGUAUUUAUUAUUACAAUCACUGAAGUGUGCAUCAAAAUGUAUUUUUUCUUGUUUAUUGUGCAAUGAAAUGUUCCUUUUUUCCAUUUAUUAAAAAAAUAAACCAAUCAGAA